AUGGAAAGCCAGAGAGUGCUAUCAUCCUACAGGAAGCGUUUUGGGGGUCAGGGGACCAGCGGGGGACGCACCAGCUUGUCCUCCAGCCGGUACUCCCUCCUCGGCAGCCCCAGGACCGCUCGCAUCUCCGGGGGAGCGCUCCUGCUCGGGGCCGGGACCCCCGACCGGCUGGACUUUUCGGCGGACUCGAUGCUGAAGGCCCAGUUCCGUGAGACGCGCACCAACGAGAAGGUGGAGAUGAUGGGGUUGAACGACCGCUUCGCCAGCUACAUCGAGAAGGUGCGCUUCCUUGAGCAGCAGAACAAGGUUCUGGUGGCGGAGCUAAACCAGCUGCGGGGCAAGGAGCCCAGCCGUCUGGGGGACAUCUAUCAGGAGGAGCUGCGGGAGCUGCGCCGGCAGGUGGACGGCCUCAACGCCGGCAAGGCCCGCCUGGAGAUCGAGCGGGACAACCUGGCAUCAGAUCUGGCCAUGCUCAAGCAGAAACUGCAGGAUGAGAUCAACUUGCGUAUGGAGGCGGAGAACAACCUCAGUGUCUUCAGACAGGAUGUCGAUGACGCUGCUAUGAAUCGCGUUCAGCUGGAGAGAAAGAUAGAUGCAUUACAGGAUGAGAUCAACUUCCUGAAGAAGAUCCAUGAGGAGGAGCUGCGUGAACUGCAAGAGCAGCUGAAGGCCCAGCAGGUACAUGUGGAUAUCGACGUGUCGAAGCCGGACCUGACGGCUGCGCUGAAGGACAUCCGGCUCCAGUAUGAAGCCAUGGCUGCAUCAAACAUCCAGGAGACGGAGGAGCUGUACCGUUCCAAGUUUGCUGACUUGACUGACGCAGCGAACCGCAACAACGAAGCUCUGAGGUCGGCAAAGCAAGAGGCCAACGAGUACCGCAGGCAGAUCCAAGUUCUCACCUGUGACCUGGAAGCACUUCGUGGAACCAAUGAAUCUCUGGAGCGGCAGCUGCGUGACAUGGAAGACCGCUUUGCCAUGGAGAGUGCGAACUACCAAGACAGCGUAGGUCGCUUGGAGGAAGAGAUCCAGGCUCUGAAGGAGGAGAUGGCUCGGCAUCUGCAGGAGUAUCAGGACCUUCUCAAUGUGAAGCUUGCCCUGGACAUUGAGAUUGCCACGUACCGCAAGCUCCUGGAGGGCGAGGAGAGCCGGAUCACUGUUCCCGUGCAGAGCUUCUCCAACCUUCAGGUCAGAGAGUCGAACUUGGACACCAAGCUCUCUCCUGAGGCCCAUGUCAAGAGGAGCAUCCUGGUGCGAACCGUGGAGACCAGAGAUGGGGAGAUCAUUAAAGAGUCCAUGGCCGAGAGGAAGGACAUGCCCUGAGCGACCCAUCGAUGUCCACCCACAGUCCGCUUCCUGACGCUUCCCUAUAAUGCUAGUGUGCUGUGACCUCCGACCUUUCCAGCCCAUCGUCCUGUCUUGCCACAUUCUACCUUCUGUCCCCGUCUUGUACCGAACGCCUCGACACCCAUCGCGUCUUUACCCCACGUAGCCCCUCGGUAAUAAACAUCGGCCGUGUCCCCGCACACCACCCUCACGUGCACGACGGACACGCAAGGCUUAUAUUUGUCUCACUUUUCCCAACGUGUCCCCGGUUAAUUUCCCAAGACCCCUUCAGUAGGGAUGCGGAAGAGGGCGGUGACACUCGGUCCCCAGGGGAAGGAGUGUUGCUGCCUUGCGUGGGCGAGUGAAGAGUUAGAGAGCGAAGACGUAGGCUGUGAUGUCCCUCUCGGUGGAGAGCGAGCCGAUGUUGUAGGUUCCGCAGGGGCCGAGUAGCAGGAAGACCAGGCAGCGGAAACUUGCUUAGAAGUCAGAUCGGAGCGCGAUAGAUGUUGUAAUUUGCAUGUGGAUUUCUGUAGGUUGAAGUAGGUCAUAGUACUUUGUUUUAUACUCCGUUUGUACCUUGACAUAUCCGAAAAGGCCACUUUCCCUGAACGUCACCCCCGUACCUUUACACUGCCACCACCACUGCACUCACAGUUGCCUCUCCUGCCUUACAUAUGGGUUCGGCUGGUGGCCCUGGGAAACGAGCAGGAAGCCGUGCGUGCGGGGAUUAGAACAACGUGCGUUUCAACCUCAGUCCCGUCUCACACACGUCGGCGUGCUCCGGCGCUCCAACACAAACAAGGGCCUUUGUGUUUUCUCGCAUAUUUGGCGGGAACUAACGCCGUAGCGACGGCUGCCGUCGAAAAGGUGACCACGGGCGUUUGUGCAUCAUUGGGGCGCUGUGCCGACAAGGCCAUUUGGGUUAGCGGUAGGAACUUGGAUCCAAAUCAAAAGCACGGAUUGCAAAUACAGGCAGAACUCAAACAAUGUCCAGCUGGGAUGAUGUAAACACAUCGGAGCGAAACACAAUCCUCACAGAACAAUAGGAGUAAUAGGUGUGUCGAAAUGGCAGGAGAACAGAGCAGGCACCCUAGCAGCAAUUUGAAAAAUUAAAAAAAAAUAUGUCUGUGUGUGUGUAUAUAUA